AUGUGGUCGACAGCGAGAGAGGUAGCCGCCGGCGACACCGUCAUCAUCUGGCUCACCCGAGACCAGGUCCAGCCGCUCGUCGUGACACCCGGCAAGGACUUCAACACCAAGUUCGGCAACUUCAGGCAGGCUGAUUUCGUGGGCGUGCCGUACGGGUCCAAGGUCGCCUCCCGCACAGGCCGCGGCUUCAUCCACAUCCUCCGCCCCACUCCCGAGCUAUGGACGAUAGCGCUGCCGCACCGCACGCAGAUCCUGUACCUCGCCGAUAUCGCGUUCAUCACCGCCGCACUCGGCCUGCGCAGAGGCUCCAAGGUCAUCGAAGCAGGCACCGGGUCCGCAUCGUUCUCGCACUCCGUCGCCAGGACCGUCGGCGCGAGCGGGCGUCUGUGGUCGUACGAGUUCCAUGAAGCGAGGUUCAAGAAGGCAAAAGAAGAGUUCACGCGCCACGGCAUGGACGACGUGGUGACGCUCACACACCGGAACGUGUGCAAGGACGGGUUUACGGUCGUUGAUGAGGUCGAUGCUGUCUUCCUUGACCUGCCCGCGCCUUGGGACGCCGUCGAGCACGCCAGGAAGGCGUUAAGGGUACGUCCCGUCCUUCCCUUCCUCUCAACCUUCCUCUCAACCUUCUUUGCUGCUGCCGCCGCCAUCUUCGCUGCUGUAACUGACGAUUACGAUGACGAUAACAGAAAGGCCGCCCGACGCGGAUAUGCUGCUUCAGCCCGUGUAUGGAGCAGGUGCUGA